CAGCGCGAAAGCUCUCACACACACUAUAAAUUCGGGUUGCCGCUGGAAGAUUUAAUUGACAAACACUUCUCAGAGGAAUAAGUUAGAUUAAAUAUUUGACGCCUAAACAGGAUUUUUUAAUAUCACAAACGAUGGAAACCAAGACUGUAAUGUUUUCGGCACUUUUUCUUGUCUGGCUUACGCUCGUAAACGGAUCCCCAGCAUCAUUAAAAGAGAGAAGGCUUACUAAAGCAACAAACGUCUCAUGGUCAUCUUACAAUUUCAAAACAAUCUUGGUGUGGGGACCUAAACCUGUCAACUACACAUAUACAGUUGAAUUCUCAAGAGUUGGUAAGGACAAACAGAGAAACCCUCACUGCAUUAGAAGCACUGAGACUGAAUGUGACUUGACUAAUGAACUGGACCUAAAGGGGGUUUAUACCGCUGACAUUCUCUCAGAGUCUUCACAUGGGACAUCUGACUAUGUGGAUCCUCCAUUCGCCAGAUCAAAGACGUUCUGUCCUUAUAACGACACUUUAAUUGGAAGACCUGCGUUUAAGUUUGAGAAUGAGAGCAAGAAGAUUGUGCUGACCAUAAGUGACCCCAUCACUGCUCUGCACAAAGAUGGCAGGUCUCUGAACAUCCGUGACGUCUUUAAGAAAAAUCUCAAGUAUCAGAUUGAAUACAACAAGGCUGGAAGUACAGGGAAAAAAUCGCUGAUUGUGGAUGAGAGCAAAGCCGAGUUUAACAAUCUAGAUGAGGGUCAGAGUUACUGCUUCAGAGUGGCGGCAUACAUCCCUUCUCGUAAGGGAGACAAGAGGCUCGGCAAAUGGAGUCUUCCCAAGUGUUCACCGCAGAAAUACAUCAGCGUGUUUGAGGAGUAUGGACUGGCUGUGAUUGGAGGAGCAGCCCUCAUUAUACUGGCUUUACUAAUUGCUGUAAUCGUUCUGAUUGUGGUUUGCUGUAAACGAGCACGAAGAAAAACGAUUUCCAAGGAAACCAUAGUCUAGACUCUGGCAUAAAGGAAUACAACAUUUCUGCUACUUGUGCUCAGAACGGGACAUACAGCUGGACUGUAACCGUUUUUGCGUUGAGCGGGACAGGUGUGUGUCUGCGGUGCAGCACUGGACUUGUUUCUAUGAAACACUAACACUACACGAUAUGUUAUACAUAUUUGCUUUUAUUUUUUUUGACAUAGAUGAAUGAAACCGUAUUUGUUUAUUAAAUUGUCUUAUUUAUUAUUAUGUUCAGAAAUACAUAUGUAUUAGCUGCUUUGUCUAUACAAUUUUAUAUCUAGUAGAAAAGUAUUUAAUGUUUAUAAAUCUGUAUUUUUUUUAAAUAUAAGUGAUAUUUCUAGGAGCUUCACUAGAUCAAAUAAAUUAUACUUGUCAAUA